CACAACACUUCAAACAAAUCUCUGCAGCCACGCUGCACUCAAAGUUUGUUUUCAAUUCAACUUUCAAUGCUUUCCUGAUCUAAUGAGCUGUUUGGGACGUAAUUGAAGAAUCGUGAAGAACACAAGACAGCAUUUAUUCAUUGGGGAUGAGUAUGUAAAACCAUCAAGACAGGAGUAAUGGCGACAGGAGGAGAAACCUCUUCUCCAGCCGAGGAUGAGAGGAUCAUCCCGAUGGACAUCGAUGAUGUACACAUGCUCUUGCAAGUGGAACAGGAGCAGAUUCAAAAGAGAACUUUUACAAACUGGAUCAAUGCACAGCUCUCCAAGAGAAGUCCUCAGACCUCCAUCCAGGAUCUGUUCACAGAUCUUCGUGAUGGCACUCAACUGCUGGACCUGCUGGAGGUGACGACCGGCGAGCACAUGAAACGGGAGAAAGGUCACGGUGUGUUUCAGCAAAGAGGAAACAUCGAGACUGCUUUGAACUUCUUAAGGAAUAAAUCAAUCAAACUGGUGAACAUAAAUAUCCCAGAUAUACUUGAGGGGAAACCAUCUAUUGUUCUGGGUCUGAUAUGGACUAUCAUCCUACACUGUCAUAUAGAGGAGCUGGCCAGCGCUCUUUCUUUCAGCUCCCGCUCGUCCUCUCUGGACUCUCUGUCCAGUCUGGAUUCGAUGCCUGGAUCUCCAGUCAGUAGUCCAGUUCCUCGAGGAGCAUCACCCCUCCACACGCGCUUCCGUCUCUCUGCUAAGAAGUCUUUGUUGCUGUGGGUCCGCGAUCAGUGCAAGAAAGUCGGUUGCACAGCCAGUGCGAAGGACUUUAAGUCCAGCUGGAGGAGCGGUGAGCUGUUUCUAGCCAUCCUGUGUUCUCUCCGACCUGAUCUAGUAGAUCUUUCCCAAGCCCAGACCAGCAGUCACCUGGAAAACCUGGAGAAGGCUUUUCACCUCGCUGAGAAAGAGCUGGGAAUUCCUAGACUGCUCGAACCAGAGGACAUUGAUGUCAGUAACCCCGAUGAGAAGUCCAUAAUGACAUAUGUUGCUCAGUUCCUGCAGUACUCCAAUGAUGUGCCCUCAGCUGAUGAUGUCUUUGAGCUUCAAACUCUGCUCUCUCCCACCUGCCUCUCUCCUGUCAACCUGCUCCCAUUCUUCACUCCUGCUGUGCUGGCCUCCCCGCUGCAUCAGGCUUCAACCAGUCAGAAAGUCAGAGAGAUGACAAAUUGGCUGCAAAGAGCCUAUCAAGAGUUAACGGAGGCUUGGACCUCGGCAGAAGAGAAGGGAUAUGCAGAGAAGUAUCAGGCUUUCCAGAAGUUUGUCAGCACUUACUAUGAUCGACGAUCUCCGGUUAUCCCGAUGCUCGGUGCAAUGAAGCGCAGUGCUAAACCAACAGAGGACCAGCGAGCACUGAGAAAGGCCUGGGAUAGAAUGGAAGAGAGGCUUCAAGAUUACAAAAAAGAGCUUGAUGUUUGUCUGCCAGCACCUCUGAACAUAGUGGGCCAGUGGCUUCAGCUUAUGGAGACAGUGCUGACAGAAGAGGGUGAAACUAAAGAUCAUGCCAUUGCUGCCAGAGACGCGAGAAAUAAACAAGAUCAAUUCGAGGUCUUAAUUGUGGAGUUAAAUGAACAAUUGGACACCCUUAAUAAUUACCGUAACACAGAUGAGGAUGGUCUUCCUCGAGUGCCUGUCGAGAAGCUGGAGGAGAUCAAGAGACGUUUCACAAAUGUCAGAGUGACAGCCAAGUACCACAACAUCAGGUUGCAGUACAGCGAGCAGGUGCAUCAUGUUUAUGACCUGCUGGGACGUCUGAAGUCAAAGCUGACUUUGUGGAGAGGGCCUUACGGUUCUCAGGAGUCUGUAUGCACUCUGCUACAGGACUGGCAUGACACCGUGGACAAGCAAGGCCUGGUGUUGAAGAUAAAGGAAGAACUCCAUAAGCUGAAAGACGCAGCAGUCAAUUACACAAACAAAGCAGCUUUAGCUGAAGACUCACCUGCGGUGAACAGGCAGGUAAAGGAAGUUGAGAAUGAAACGGCGGGGAUCGCAGAAGCCACAGAGGCGGUGAAGGCAAGCAUGGAGCGUGUGCUGACCGCAUGGGAGACAUACAAAGACUCUCUGUCUCUGCUAAAGGUCUGGUUGGGACAGGAGGAACCAUUUGAAAAGCAGAAGUCAUCCAACCUGUCUGAUUGGAGUUCACGUCAAGCCCAGCUGAACGAGGCUGGCAACUUUCUCAUUGAGAUGUCUGAUGCCUCCACCAGUCGCUCUCUGUCUGAUGAGCUCAGCAGACUCAACAUGCAGUGGGCUGACUUCAUUAAAAGGACCAAAUUUGCAGUGGCACCUCAGCCCACCUGCGCAGUUGUGGGUGUACAAGCUGCUCAGGGCCUGAUGCAUGAGGCAGGCUGGGUGCUUAGAGAGGCAGUGGAGGUGUCGUCUGGACCUCUACGAAUCUACAGGAAGAAUCUUCAGGGCAUCACCAAGAAGAUUUCAGAGUUAGAUUUGCAAUCUUUAUCUCCAUCUCCAGAUUGCAACGAAGAAACUCUUCAAAAACUCAGACAAACUCUUCCAGAGAUGUUAGAGACUCUCAACCGUGUGGACCAAGGUUGUGAAGGACUUCAGAGAGCAGCGUCUCUGCUAGAAGGGAGGCUGGCUGAGCUUGAAAACUGGAGCACCGAGGCCCAAGAGGUCUGCCUUCAUCUCAAAGAAUCACAGCAUAGGGGCCACCGGGGAACACAUCAAAGGGCUAAGGCGCUGUUCGCCAGAGGAUUACAGCUAGAAGAACAGGUGGUGACAGAAGCUGAAAAACUGCUGGUUCUUGUAAAAUCAGUGCAGAAGAGCUGCCCCCUUCCUUACUUCAAUACAUUGGUCCUACAGGACAGAGUGAAACUGGCUAUCUCUCUGUGUCAGGAGGUUACUGAGAUGCUCAGUGGUCAAGGACUGAAGCGUGAAGGGCAGUCGGAUAUUUCCCAGCCGCCUCCCAAAGUUACUGUGCGUGCCUAUACUGAGCCUGAGCUCCAGUCUGGAACCUUUAAACAACAUCAGGCUCAAAUGUUCUCCAAAAGCACCAGAUCUUCUCUAGAGAACCCAGCAGAGCCUCAAAACCAAAAAUGUCAUUCCUCUCAGCUGGACACACAACUACAGGCCACCAGUGUCAUCCAGCCCCAAGUUCCCCCUACUACCAACCCUCAGUUACAAGAGAAAAGUCCCAAAGAUCCAACAAAAGCUAUAUGUCAGGUACAGCAUACAGAGCUCAAACUGCCUUUAGUCUCAUCGGUUGUUGGCAGGACAACUCGCAUGAAAGCCCAGACUGAAGUUCAGGUUGUUUGUGUAGACCCGAGUCAAACCAGUGCCACUGAACUAUCAACAAGUCUCCAAUCUCCUGCCUCACCUUCAUUCAGCCCAAGUACUCCACCAAAAUCGCAAACCUCUCUGGCCACCCCACACCAAAGGCAGAGGGUUCUGUCCAAAAGUCACAGCUUUCCACUGCCCCAUGAACCAUCACAAACACAGUCUUCAUCCUCACCUACCUCCAGCCCAAACACUUUGCACACAUGCGUUACAGUUACUCAACCUAAAAUGCCAAUUGAACAACACUUCCCUGAAAAGUCACAAUCUACCUCAAUGACCGCCCCACACCAAAAGUACAAGGUACUGGCUAAACGUCUAAGCUUUCCACAGACUCAUGAGCCAUCACAAAUGCAAACACAAAAACAAAGUUUCCCACCCACUCAAAAACAAAACAGUCAGCCACCACAGUCAGGCCAUCCAAAACUUCAUGGAGGUCAAAGCAAGACUCCAGUUGUUCCUCAUGUUCCAGUACAGAAUGAAGUGUAUGCCAGAGCUCAGGCUUUGGCCAGUAGCAGACUGGAAAAAGCCAAACACCGGCUCCAGGAACACUUACAGGAAGUCAUCGCUGUGUUCAGUAACAGAGACCUAUCUAAAAAACUAGUCAAGAAGAAGCAGUCAACAUCAUGGCUGCUCCGGCCGGCUGUGUUGGAUGAGUUCCUGGAGGCUGUGAAUGGAAUGAAUGCUUUCUGCUCUGAUGCCCAGCUCAAAGAUAUGGAGCUCCUUUCGGAGACCGUCAUGGCCCAGUGGGAGGCGGUCCUUGCAGCAAUAACAGCCUUUUCGCCUGAUUUGGGGUGUAACCAGCCUGUUUUGAAAUGUCAGAUUAAAACUAACAGCUCCACGUCACUUGCACAGUGUGAAAGCAACCAACAGGUCUGUUCCACGGCUGCUGAUUCUUCAGGGCAUCUGUAUGCCUUGAGAAGCAUGAAUGAGAGUGUUCAACCCUCAGAGACGUUACAUCUCACCACCACACAUCUGAGGAUGAGCACUGAGAAGAUUGAGACCACACCGUACCGCACAAGUGACCUGGCACCAUGCCAUGACAGCAGGAAAGAACGUGUACAGGAUCAUGUCCCGCUAAAAGAGUCUUCAGCGCCCGAUGACCAAUCGCAAAGCCUUAUCCCCUCACAGGCCAUUGUCCAGAUAAACACAGUGGAAAUAAAGCAGAUACCUGAGAAGACCAUCAUCCACCCCACCUCAGUACAGGAUGUUAAGGUUUCUCCAGGAUUCGAAGCUCUGAGCAGCUACACGGCGGCAAAAUCAGCAUUUCAGCAGCGGUUGCUGAAGAACGAUGAGCAGAUCGGAUCAGAGCUUCCCAUAAGCCCCAGCAUCUCUGCAGACUCCCUAAAAAGUUAUCUGCAAGACUUACUGGCUCUGAAGAAGCAGACGGAGGCGUUGUGGUUCGAGUUUGAGCUUCAGUGUUCUCAGCUAAUGGAGGGUGGCUGUGAUAUAGAGCAGGAGAAAUCUCAGCUCAUUCAGCAGUGGAGGGGACAGCAGAUCUUCAUUCAGGACAGAGUGAAGUCCCUUGAAGGUGCUAUAGAGGUGCUGGAGUCAGUGGACGUUCAGAUCGGGCUGAUCUCUGAUCAGUUGAAUCAAAUAAUUCAGAGACCUGUUAACAUUACAAACUUCAGUGUUGAUCAAAGCAAAACUCUACAUGAAGAUCUAAAGCAUCUAUAUGACAGUAUUGAGAGAGAGCUCAUUCGCCUUCCCAAGGAUAAAGGUUCAAUGAGGGACCCUGAGGAUUUGAGUCACAUCAAGCUCCAAGCCCAUCUCCCCCUGCAGCAAGCUUUCAACAGCCGCACUAACUGCUUAGAGCAACAAAAGCAGCGUUUAACAAAGACGAAGUCAACCCUGGUUGCCCUCGAGAACCUCCUAUCCCAUCUCCAGCAGGUGAAUGAAGACCUCAUAGCAGCUCAGAAGACUUCAGCCUCCAAUUUGGCCUCCAUCCGGCAAAGCCUUUCACAGGUCAGCGAGGAAUCGGUUCAGCUAGACCGAAUACUGGAAGAUGCUGGCAUGAGAAUAGCUUUGGAUGAUAAACCGAGCAGCUGUCAUGAGAUGGUGUCAGCUAUUGCUCUGCGUGCAGAAGAGGUUGAGGUCGAAUCAGCUGUAGGGCGGAGGCGAUCACAAAAAGGUGGGAAAGGCAGAGAACAGGGCGAGCAGAGAGAAAAAUCGUUUUGUAGUAAGAGGUUGGCCCUGCAGGUGACGCUGAGGGACGUGCAGACGGCUCUGGAAAGACACGGGCUGAGGGAGCCCACACUUCCUGCUCUACAACAUAGGUUGCGCUUCCUGACUGAAACCGAGAGUAAACUGGUUGCGCUACGCUCCGAGAUUCAGGAUCUGAAGGAUUCAUCUGCACAUACAAGCACCUCAGACACAGGUCUUAGUGAACUGCAGAUGGAUUGUGAAAAUGCCCAUAAAUCUGUCACUGAGAGUCGUGAGCAGUGCAUCUCAUUGACCGACCUCCUGAAGAAGUUUCAGAGCUGUCGUAAUAGUUUGGGCAGCACUUUGCAGAGAGCCGAGCAAACUGUCGGUGAUCAGGCUUCUUACAUGAGCAAAGACAACCUACAGCUCUUAAUCAAUAAGGUCAACAUUAUAAAGUCAGAGCUGAGUGAUCUUGGAGAUGGGAUGGAGGAGUUCAGAGCUGUGUGCAAACAGCUGCAGUCUCAGAUGAUAAUGAUCUCUGACUUUACUGACGCCCCAUUUGAGACCGAAGCUGAGACACUAAUGGAUCGCUGGCUUGAUGUUACUGAGAAGACAGACAAUCACCUAGACAGCCUUCGGGCUGGGUUUUCUCUUUGGGAAAAACUCCUCUUAUUGGCUGGAGAAGUAGAGAACUGGACUGCCCAAAAGCUGAUGUCACUUGCUCAGACACAGCCCUUUGAGACUGAUCAAGAUGUGUCUGACAUGGAGGAUGAGUUGAGGGCUCAGGAAGGCAACAUUGAACAUUUUCAUCGCAGAUCAUCAGAGAUCCAGGAUCUUCUGCAAAGUCCAGAGUUUCCAUUGGAGCUGCAGGUGACUGAGAGUCAGAUGAGAAAGAAGAUGGCAGAGGUGAAGGAGAUCUUUUCAGAGGCCAGCGAUGUCUUCUCACAGCUGGUAGCUGCUAAAGCGCAAGUGACAUCUGAAAUAGCAAAACACCUGUCUAGCAUCCAGACCAUCACAAAUGUUUUGAGCACACCAACUCAAUACGAAGACCCACAGGUUCUAAACACAAUCCAGGGCUUAUCAGAGCAGCUGCAAGUGGAAGCAGAGCAGUCAGAUGCUUUGCUGCAACAGAUUGAACUUCUGGCCAGCAUUGCAGGUCCAGAAAACUUGCAGGCACUGGUUGAAGAUGGGACUCGACUUCAAGAAAGCAUCUGCAGAACCAGAGAUCUGAUCAUGGAGAAAAAAGAGUGGGCGAUGAAUCCCAACAGGCCCAAAGAUCUUCACACGGCCCAAGAACAAAUCAAGCUUCAGUCUGAAACAACACAAGGCCAUCCACCAAAAGAUACCCAGCCUGUGGAUGCUCAGGGUCCACAAUCUCAGUCUCACAUCAAAAUAGUGGAACAGUCACAUAAAAAGCGUGAUGAUCUCAGUUUUGUGGCCUUUGAACAGCAGGCUGGCACCUGGACCAGUGGUCUACAGUCUUAUAUUGAGGAGGAUACUUUUGAAAGAUUCGGAGCAAUAAAGGUGGACACGGGUGUUAUUGAUUCACAUGCAUUACCGACAGACAGCUGCAAUCAGCCAGGGCCGCCAACAAAAUGUAGAAGCCCCCAAAAAACUGAAGUUCAGGACCCUAAAAGCUGCUUUUUAGAAAAGGACAAUGUGAUAUCAGGAAUUUCUAAAUCAGAGGAGGGCAGUAUUGAAGAUCAGGAAGAGCCAGCACAAAGGCAGACUGCACUUUUCCCGCUGAAAGCCUCUGAGGACAUGGACACUAAAAUUGGAAAAGAUGAGGAGCCACAUCAACCUGCUAUAGAAGGGCAAAGUACAGGCGUAAUUGCAGACACAUCAGGCCAAAUGGAAUUGAGUACUGGAAAAGACAGUGAUUUGGGUUGUGUAGUUCACCAGCAUGAUUUCUCAAUGGUGGAGAGUCAUGCAGACGAGGUUACCAAUGACUUAACCACAUGGACACUUGUCAAAAAGCGUAGGAAGAAUAGAAAAUCACCUGGGACUGACCAUGCUGACAAUGUUAGUAGCAGAGAGUUGAAGACUUCUUACUCGAAAUAUAAGACAACAGGUAAAACAGAAUCACUUCCAACAACUGAGGUAAGGCUAAAGGUCACAACAGAUACAUCACUGAAUGUGUCUUCAGAUUCUAGUCAGUCAAACACUCUAGUGUCUUUGGCUACCGACAGAGAACUUCCAGGAGCAAUAAGCUCCAACCAGAAAGAUGCCUUAAAUCUCAUACCGUUAGAAAUGAGGGAUAGAUAUUCAGAGAUAGUUAGUGUCACUGAUGCUAGAGCUGCCCAAACUAAUGUCAUAUAUCACAGUCCUUCAGAUGAUCUGGCCUUAACAACAGUGGAAUCUGUGCAGUUAAUACAUAGAGAAGCCUCAAAAUCAAUGCCAACAAAUCCUUCAGAUUUUGCGAGUCCAGAGUUUACAACACGUGUUUCUACAACACUUGUGUCAGAGCCAAAACUCUACAUUACUUCCUGUAAUCCACUCAACCCUGAAUCUCUGUCGGCUGUUCUUGCAACAAAGCUGGAAUCAGAUCUUACCAAAUCCAACCAAAACCUACUGACACAAGGUUUCCUAGAUUCUGCAACAAAAUUGGAUGAAACUUCAAUCAUCCGUAAUGAAACCGCAGAGACAAUAGAGAUCAAUUUGAAAGAAGACAAGUACUGUGUUGAUGCCACUACAGAUAAAGAACAUGCUGUAACAAGCUCUUCUGAUGAAACACCAUCAAAGAAGAUGGACAAUAUUUCCUUGGGCACUGAUCUUUUUUCAUCAGAUGUUCAUUCUCAUUUAGAUAUCAAGAGUCAACAGAGGAGUCAACACAGCCCUGGCAAACUUGAAGUCUUGCAGCCUGAAAAAGUCCUUUUAGAAAAGGAAGAAGUGUCAUCAGGUAUCCUAGAAUCAGAGAUGGUUAAUAUUGGAGAUCAGGCAGACAUCCAAUUAGAACAGAUGGAAAUAGAUAUCCAGCUGAAAACCUCUGAGGUCAUGGAGAUUGACUUUAGAAAAGGUAAAAAAGAGGAGCCAGCUACAAAAGACCAACAUUCAGUGAUACAUGUAGAGACUUCAGGCUGGAAAGAUGUCCAUAGUACAGAUGACAGGGAUUUGGGGUCUGUUGUUCACCAGCAUGAAGAGAAUGUUACCAGUGACAAAUCCACAAAUGUCAGUCCACUGGAUGACACAGAUGAUAGGACUAAAAAAAUCAAGCCCACAAGUACACAAGAUGUAUUGCCUACAUCUGAAUCAGCACAACAAGCAGUAAUAGAUGUUGAGAACAUCCCUCCUGAACAGGACACAAAUAAUGAGGAGUUCAUAUCUAGAUACGAAGAAAUGGAUCAAACUGAACCAGUAAUGAAAAAAGAUGACAAAGAGUCCACUGACGGUACAGGUGAGGAAUCAAGUGGAACCUCUGAAACCCCAAAGAUUGUCUUUACUACAGAAUUGGGCUCAGAUCUUAAACAGAUCCCACUGGAACAAACAUUUCCAGAUUCAGAAAUUAAAUUAAAUUCUGUUUCAGAUGUUAAACUUGAUGCAAACAUCCGCCCUGUCAGUGUUGACCUUAAUCAGGUAGAUUUUGGUCCUAAACUUGAUGUCAGUCCUAUGCCUAAGAAGGACUCAUCAACUGAACCUAUGGCUGUUUACACAGAGGAUGAAAAAGAUACCAAAAAUGUUAAGAAAGUAUAUACUAUAAUUUUGGAUGUUGAUCCAACAGCAUUACCACCAGAUCAAUCACUUAAUCUGACACAACAUCAGGAUCCCAAAGAGUCUCCCCACACCAGUGACUUCUCUUAUUCAGAUAUCAAGAGUCAAGAGAGAAGUUCUUCUGGCUUUAGGAAACCUGAUGGCCAAGAACUUGAAAGAAGACUUUCAGACAAGAGUGAUGAUCAUUUCAAACUUCAGGAUGAAAAAAGUGAUGUCAGUCCUAUGCCUAAGAAGGACUUAUCAACUGAACCUAUGGCUGUUUACCCAGAUAACGAAGAAGAUAUCAAAAAUGUUAAGAAAGCAUAUACUAUAAUUUUGGAUGUUGAUCCAACAGCAUUACCACCAGAUCAAUCACUUUAUCUGACACAAAAUCAGGAUCCCAAAGAGUCUGCCCACACCAGUGACUUCUCUUAUUCAGAUAUCAAGAGUCAAGAGAGAAGUUCUUCUGGCUCUAGGAAACCUGAUGGCCAAGGACUUGAAAGAAGACUUUUAGACAAGAGUAAUGAUGAUAAUUUUGAACCUCAGGAUGAAAAAGGUGUAAAUUCAUUUGUGGAAUCAGUACAGCCUGAACAGGGACAAGCAACACUUAUGCAACUAAAAACACCUGAAGUCAUUAAAACAGACAUUAGAAAAAGUGAAAAUGAGAAGUCACAUCAGCUGAUUGUCAAAAGCCAACAUACAAUAAUAAAUACAGACACAUCAAGUCCACAUGGAGAUUUUGCUUCCGACCCUGAUUUAAGACCCAAACCUGAGAAAGCCUCAUCAGCUCAAAAGAUUGCAAAGAAAGUAAUUACUGUCAUUUCAGAUUUUUUUUCACCUACAUUACCAUCAGAUACUUAUCAGCCACUGGAGCCAAUGCAAUGUGUGGAACCUGAAGAUGAACCAACUUAUUCAGAUGAACACAGAAGCUCAAGUGGAACUGGGAAACCUAAAGUUCCAAAUCCUGAAAGGGCUCUUUCAGGAAAUGAUGAUAUGACAUCAAGAUUUUCUGAAACGGGGACGAGUAAUAUUGAAGCAAAAGACGACAUUAAACAAGUAUGGAGAGAAAGACUAAUUUAUUUUAAACCCUCUGAGGGCAUGGAGAGUGACAUUAGAGAAGGUGAAAAAGAGGUGCCUCAUCAUCUAACUAAAGACAUCCAGCAUGCAACCACAAAAACAGACACAUCAAGUCAAAUAGAUGUCCAGACUGGAGAAGUCAGUGAUGCUGUAUCUGGAGUUCACCAGCAUGAUGUCACAGUAGUGGAGAGACAAGAGAAGAAAGUAACCAGUGACGAAACCGUAAUUGCACCAGACAGUGCAGAACUUGACUCAGAUUUUAAUAAUCUCAAACAUAUUCCAUUAGCACAAAGUUUCCCAGAUUCCAAAAAACAAUUAAAUACUGUUUCAGAUGAUCAGCUAGAUGAGAAAAUUCACAGUGUUAACUCUACUCUAGGAGAUGUUGGUCCUAAUUUUGCGGUCAGUCCUAAACCAGAGAAUGACUUAACUAACCCUGUGGCUCACCCAGAAAAUGAAAAUAAUGUAAAAACUGAAACUGCAAAGAAAGUAUUUACUAUCUUUCUGGAUGUUGAUCCACCUACAUUACCAUCUGAUCGAUCACUGCACCUGACACAAUUUGAGGAUCCGGAUGACUUUACCCAGACAGGUGAAUUUUCACAUUCAGAUGUCAAGACUCAACAAAGAAUUUCUUCUGCCACCGGAGAAACUAAUGGACAGAGGCCAGAAAGUGACCUUUCAGACAAGAGUGAUGAGAAAUCAAAAGUGUCUGAAUCAAGCAAUGAUCAUUUUGAAGCUCGAGAUGAAAAAGAUGUUAUUCCAUUUGAGGAAUCAGUACAGCUUGCAGAGAGGCAAACAACACUUUGUCGACUUAAAAUACUAGAUAUUGCAGAAACUGAUAUUAGAAAAAAUGAAAAUGAGGAUCCACAUCAGCUCAUUGUAGAAUGCCAACAUGAAGUCAAUAAUACAGGGACAUCAAGUCAAAUGGAUAUCCAAACUGAAGAACACAGUGCACAGUUAGGCUCUUUGCUUCACCAGUGUGAUGUCAAAGUAGUUAAUGAGGAUGAAGUUGCUAGUGACAAAAGCAAACAUGCUCAAAACAAUGAAUUUUCAGAUGAAGCAAACAAACCAAUAGAAAAGACUCCAAAUAUUGGUAAGGGUAAAAAGAAGAAAAAUAAAUCUACUGGCAAGGCACAGACAAGCAGUAUAAGUAGCAAAAAGCUGGAGACACCAAGUUGUAAACAACCCCCUGAGAUAAAUCUACAGGGCACUACAGAAACUUCACUGACUGUGUCUUUAGAAACGAGUCAGUCAAACCCUGAAAUGUCGUUGAAUGCCAUACAGGAGGAUAGCAUAAAUCUCCUACAGUCAGAGAUUAAAGACCAACAUUCAGAGAUGGUUAGCAUCUCUCAUGCUGUAGCUGGCCAUACUAAUGUCACAGAUGGACGUUCUCUAGAUGGUGUUACAUUAACAGAAGUGACAUCUGUACAGUUGGUACAAACAGACACAUCAGAAUUAAUGGCAACUGAUGCUUCAGAUUUUGUGAUAUUUGAGUGUACAACGCAAAUUCCUACCACACCCAGCUCAGAAAAACUUGAAAAUGAUGGGGAAACACAGAGAACACGUCAGGACACAGGUGAGCAGGAGCUUUUAUCUGUAUCUCUAGAGAGGAGUGAAGCAGGAUCUGUUAUAGGAGAAUAUGACAGAGAUUGUACUGAUGCUACAGAUUUGAAACUUAGUGUCAGCCAUGACUUGUUCAGUGUCGAUUCAUUCGUCCCUGAAAGCCCAAUGGCUGUUCUUGCCAAAGAACAGGACUCUGACCAGAACUCACUGUCAAAAAGUGUCACAGAUUCUGCAACAAAAUAUGACGACACUUCAGUUGUUCAUGAUGAAACCACAAAGACAUUGAAGACAGAAACCUUUAUCAAGGUAAAAACCUCUGUGGACAUGGAGGUAGACAUUGGAAAAAACAAAAAACAGGAGCCAAAACAGCCAUCUACAGAAGGCCUAAAGAGUGGUGAAACUGAACCUAAAAUAAGAAAAGAUGAUCGUCAACCUACUGAUGGUGCAGGUGUGGAAUCAAGUGAAACCCCUGAAACUCAAACUCCUGAUUUCAUUGAGACUGACAUUACAAAGAGUGAAAAUGAGAAGUCACAUCAGCUGAUUGUCAAAAGCCAACAUAAAAUCAUAAAUACAAACAAAUCAAGUAUACAGGGAGAUUUUGCUUCCGACCCGGAUUUCAGACCCAAACCUGAGAAAGACUCAUCAGCUCAAAAAUUGGCAAAGAAAGUAUUUACCAUUAUUUCAGAUUUUUUUUCACCUACAUUACCAUCAGGCAGUAAUCAGCCACUGCAAUCACAAGACUCUCACACAGAUGAACCAACUUAUUCAGAUAUUAACAAUGAACACAGAAGCUCAAGUGGGACUGGGAAAAUUGAAGUCCCAAACUGUGAAAUAACUCUUUCUAAAAGUGAUGAUAUGAUAUCAAGUUUUUCUGAAACAGGGAUGGGUAAUAUUGAAGCUCAGGCUGACAUUGAACAAGGAUGGAGUGAAAGACUUAUCUAUUUUAAAACCCCUGACAUCAUGGAGAGUGACAUUAGAGAAGGUGAAAAAGAGGAGCCUCAUCUGACUGAAGAAAUCCAACAUGCAACCACAAAAAGAGACACAUCAAGCCAAAUAGAUGUCCAGACUGGAGAGGACAGUGAUGCGGUAUCUGGGGUUCACAAGCUUGAUGUCACAGUAGUGGAGAGACAUGAGAAGGAUGUUACCAGUGACAAAACCACAAAUGCACCAGACAGUGCAGAACUUGACUCAGAUCCUAAUCUCAGACAUAUUCCACUGGCACAAAGUUUCCCAGAUUCCAAAAAACAAAUAAAUACUGUUUCCGAUGAUCAGCUGGAUAAGAUCAUUCCUAGUGUUGACUCUACCCAAGUAGAUGUUGGUCCUAAAUUUGAUGUCAGUUUUAAACCAGAGAAAGACUCAUCAUCUGACCCUAUGGCGAAUGUUGGUAAGGGUAAAAAGAAGAACAGGAAAUCUCCUCUCAAAGCACAGAAAAGCAAUGAUAGUAGUAGAAAGAUGAAGACACCUAGUUGUAAUCGUGAGAGCACACCUGACUCAGAUUGCCUUCAAACCCCUGAGAUAAAGCUACAGGAAACUACAGAUACUUCACUAACUUUGUCUUUAGAAACGAGUCAGUCAAACUCUGAAAUGUCAAUGAAUACCAUUCAGCAUGAUACCACAAAUCUCCUACAGUCAGAAAUUAAAGAGCAACAUUCAGAGAUGGUUAGCAUCCCUCAUGCUGUAGCUGGCCAUACUAGUGCUCAAGACAACAUUCAACAAGGAUGGAGUGAAAGACUUAUCUAUUUUAAAACCCCUGACAUCAUGGAGAGUGACAUUAGAAAAGGUGAAAAAGAGGAGCCUCAUCAUCUGACUGAAGAAGUCCAGCAUGCAACCACAAAAACAGAUACAUCAAGCCAAAUAGAUGUCCAGACUGGAGAGGACAGUGAUGUGGUAUCUGGGGUUCACCAGCAUGAUGUCACAGUAGUGAAGAGACAUGAGAAGGAUGUUACCAGUAACAAAACCACAAAUGCACCAGACAGUGCAGAACUAGUCUCAGAUCUUAAUGUCAACCAUAUUCCACUGGGACAAAGUUUCCCAGAUUCCAAAAAACAAUUAAAUACUGUUUCCCAUGUUCAGGUAGAUGAGAUCAUUCCUAGUGUUGACUCUACCCAAGGAGAUGUUGGUCCUGAAUUUGAUGUCAGUUUUAAACCAGAGCAAUACUCAUUAUCUGACCCUAUGGCAAAUGUUGGUAAGGGUAAAAAGAAGAACAGGAAAUCUCCUGUCAAAGCACAGACAAGCAAUGAGAGUAGUACAAAGAUGAAGACACCUAGUUGUAAUCGUGAGAGCACACCUGACUCAGAUUGCCUUCAAACCCCUGAGAUAAAGCUACAGGAAACUACAGAUACUUCACUGACUUUGUCUUUAGAAACGAGUCAGUCAAACCCUGAAAUGUCAGAGAAAACCAUUCAGGAUGAUACCAUGAAUCUCCUACAGUCAGAAAUUAAAGAGCAACAUUCAGAGAUGGUUAGCAUCUCUCCUGUUCUAGCUGGCCAUACUGGUGCUCAAUACAACAUUGAACAAGGAUUGAGUGAAAGACUUAUCUAUUUUAAAACCCCUGAAAUCAUGGAGAGUGACAUUAGAGAAGGUGAAAAAGAGGUGCCUCAUCAUCUGACUGAAGAAGUCCAAGACUCAUCCACAAAAAGAGACUCAUCAAGCCAAAUAGAUGUCCAGACUGGAGAGGACAGUGAUGCGGUAUCUGGGGUUCACCAGCAUGAUGUCACAGUAGUGGAGAGACAUGAGAAGGACAUCACCAGUGACAAAACCACAAAUGCACCAGACAGUGCAGAACUAGACUCCGAUCUUAAUAAUCUCAGACAUAUUCCACUGGCACAAAGUUUCCCAGAUUCCAAAAAACAAAUAAAUACUGUUUCUGAUGAUCAGCUAAAUGAUAUCAUUCCUAGUGUUGACUCUACUCAAGGAGAUUUUGGUCCUGAAUUUGAUGUCAGUUUUAAACCAGAGAAAGGCUCAUCAUCUGACCCUAUGGCAAAUGUUGGUAAGGGUAAAAAGAAGAACAGGAAACUUCCUGGCAAAGCACAGACAAGCAAUGUUAGUAGUAGAAAGAUGAAGACACCUAGUUGUAAUCGUGAGAGCACACCUGACUCAGAUUGCCUUCAAACCCCUGAGAUAAAGCUAAAGGACACUACAGAUACUUCACUGAAUUUGUCUUUAGAAACGAGUCAGUCAAACCCUGAAAUGUCAGUGAAUACCAUUCAGGAUGAUACCACAAAUCUCCUAAAGUCAGAAAUUAAAGAGCAACAUUCAGAGAUGGUUAGCAUCUCUCAUGUUCUAGCUGGCCAUACUGGUGCUCAAGACAACAUUGAACAAGGAUGGAGUGAAAGACUUAUCUAUUUUAAAACCCCUGAAAUCAUGGAGAGUGACAUUAGAAAAGGUGAAAAAGAGGUGCCUCAUCAUCUGACUGGAGAAGUCCAACAUGCAUCCACAAAAAGAGACUCAUCAAGCCAAAUAUAUGUCCAGACUGGAGAGGACAGUGAUGCGGUAUCUGGGGUUCACCAGCUUGAUGUCACAGUAGUGGAGAGACAUGAGAAGGAUGUUACCAGUGACAAAACCACAAAUGCACCAGACAGUGCAGAACUAGACUCCGAUCUUAAUAAUCUCAGACAUAUUCCACUGGCACAAAGUUUCCCAGAUUCCAAAAAACAAAUAAAUACUGUUUCUGAUGAUCAGCUAAAUGAUAUCAUUCCUAGUGUUGACUCUACUCAAGGAGAUUUUGGUCCUGAAUUUGAUGUCAGUUUUAAACCAGAGAAAGGCUCAUCAUCUGACCCUAUGGCAAAUGUUUGUAAGGGUAAAAAGAAGAACAGGAAACUUCCUAGCAAAGCACAGACAAGCAAUGAUAGUAGUAGAAAGAUGAAGACACCUAGUUGUAAUCGUGAGAGCACACCUGACUCAGAUUGCCUUCAAACCCCUGAGAUAAAGCUAAAGGACACUACAGAUACUUCACUGAAUUUGUCUUUAGAAACGAGUCAGUCAAACCCUGAAAUGUCAGUGAAUACCAUUCAGGAUGAUACCACAAAUCUCCUAAAGUCAGAAAUUAAAGAGCAACAUUCGGAGAUGGUUAGCAUCUCUCAUGUUCUAGCUGGCCAUACUGGUGCUCAAGACAACAUUGAUCAAGGAUGGAGUGAAAGGCUUAUCUAUUUUAAAACCCCUGAAAUCAUGGAGAGUGACAUUAGAGAAUGUGAAAAAGAGGUGCCUCAUCAUCUGACUGAAGAAAGCCAAGAUGCAUCCACAAAAAGAGAAUCAUCAAGCCAAAUAGAUGUCCAGACUGGAGAGGACAGUGAUGCGGUAUCUGGGGUUCACCAGCAUGAUGUCACAGUAGUGGAGAGACAUGAGAAGGACAUCACCAGUGACAAAACCACAAAUGCACCAGACAGUGCAGAACUAGACUCAGAUCUUAAUAAUCUCAGACAUAUUGCACUGGCACAAAGUUUCCCAGAUUCCAAAAAACAAAUAAAUACUGUUUCUGAUGAUCAGCUAGAUGAUAUCAUUCCUAAUGUUGACUCUACCCAAGGAGAUGAUGGUCUUGAAUUUGAUGUCAGUUUUAAACCAGAGAAAGACUCAUCAUCUGACCUUUGGGCAAAUGUUGGUAAGGGUAAAAAGAAGAACAGGAAAUCUCCUGGCAAAGCACAGACAAGCAAUGUUAGUAGCAUUGUUCGUAACAUCUCUUAUACUGUAGCAGCAACUAAUGUCACAGAUAGACAAUCUCCAGAUGGUGUUACAUUAACAAAAGUGAAAUCUGUACAGUUGGUACAAACAGACACAUCAAAAUUAGUAGCAACUAAUGCUCCAGAUUUUGUUAUAUUUGAGUGUACAUCGCAAAUUCCUACCACACACGGCUCAGAGUCAAAACUCGACAAUGAUGGGGAAGCACAGAGAACAACCCAACCAUGGCAGGACACAGGUGAGCAGAAGCUCAUACCUGUAUCUCUAGAGAGGAAUGAAACAGGAUAUGUGACAAGAGAGGAUGAUAGAGCUGAUUAUAGACAAUAUCAGCUGAUUGUAAAAGGCCAACAUACAAUCAUAAGUACAGAAACAUCUUCAGAAAUGGAUGUCCACAUGGCAGAAGACCGUGAUUUAGGCUCCUUGCUUCACCAGAAUGAUGUCACAAUAUCUCAUGAGGAUGACAUUGCUGGUGACAAAAACAAAGAUGCACAAGAUAAAGAGUCUGAUGAAGCAAACAAAACACUAGAAAAGUCAACAAAUGUUGCCAAGGGUAAAAAGAAGAGCAGAAAGACACCUGGCAAAGAUCAGACAAGCAGUGUUAGUAGUAGAAAGACACAAAGUUGUGAACAUAAGAGCACACCUGACUCAGAAUCCCUUCAAACCUCUGAGGUAAAGCUACUUGACAAAGAUGGCGAAGCACAGAGAACAACCCAAGCAGUUGAGCCUUUGGCUGUAUAUCCAGAGAGUGAAGUUGCAAGACCUGAUACUGCAAAGAAAGCAUUUACUAUAAUUUUGGAUGUUGAUUCACAUACAUUACCAUCGGAUCAGUCGCUGGAUUUGACCAAUGUUGAGGCUUCUGAAGACCCUGCCCAUACAGGUGAAUUAUCUCAGUCAGAAAUCAUGAAGCAGCACAAAAGUUCUGCAGACACUAGGAAACCUGAAGACCAACUGCUUGAAAGUGACAUCUCAGACAUGAGUGAUGUGAAAUCAAAAAUCUCUAAAUCAGACACUGAAAAUGUUGAAGUUCUAGAUGAAAAUGGUGUAAAUGCAUUUGUGGAAUCGGUACAGCCUGAAGAGAAGCAAACUACAUUUAUACAACUAGAAACACCCAAUGUUAUGAGAGUUGACAUCAGAGGAAAUGAAAAGUCACAUCAGCUGAUUGUAGAAGGCCAACAUACAAUCAUAGGUACAGACACAUCUACCCAAAUGGAUGUCCUCAUUGGAGAAGAAAGCGAUUUUGGCUCAUUGCUUUGCCAGAGUGAUCUCACAAUAUCUUAUGAGGAUGACGAUGCUGGUGACAAAAGCAAAUAUGCACAAGAUAAAGGGUCUGAUGAAGCAAACAAAGCACUAGAAAAGUCAACAAUUGUUCCCAAGGCUAAAAAGAAGAGCAGGAAGACAUCUGGCAAAGAUCAGACAAGCAGUGUUAGUAGUAGAAAGACACAAAGUUGUGAACAUAAGAGCACACCUGACUCAGAAUCCCUUCAAACCUCUGAGGUAAAGCUACUUGACAAAGAUGGCGAAGCACAGAGAACAACCCAAGCAGUUGAGCCUUUGGCUGUAUAUCCAGAGAGUGAAGUUGCAAGACCUGAUACUGCAAAGAAAGCAUUUACUAUAAUUUUGGAUGUUGAUUCACAUACAUUACCAUCAGAUCAGUCGCUGGAUUUUACAAAAUUUGAGGCUUCUGAAGACCCUGCCCAUACAUGUGAAUUAUCUCAGUCAGAUAUCAAGAAGCAACACAAAAUUUCUGUAGAAACUAGGAAACCUGAAGACCAAACGCUUGAAAGUGACAUCUCAGACAUGAGUAAUGUGAAAUCAAAAAUCUCUGAAUCAGACACUGAAAAUAUUGAUGUUCAAGAUGAAAAUGGUGUAAAUGCAUUUGUGGAAUCGGUACAGCCUGAAGAGAAGCAAACUACAUUUAUACAACUAGAAACACCCAAUGUUAUGAGAGUUGACAUCAGAGGAAAUGAAAAGUCACAUCAGCUGAUUGUAGAAGGCCAACAUAAAAUCAUAGGUACAGACACAUCUACCCAAAUGGAUGUCCACAUUGGAGAAGAAAGUGAUUUAGGCUCCUUGCUUCAGCAAAGUGAUGUCACAAUAUCUCAUGAGGAUGACGAUGCUGGUGACAAAAGCAAAUAUGCACAAGAUAAAGGGUCUGAUGAAGCAAACAAAGCACUAGAAAAGUUAACAAAUGCUGCCAAGGGUAAAAAGAAGAGCAGGAAGACACCUGGCAAAGAUCAGACAAGCAGUGUUAGUAGUAGAAAGACACAAAGUUGUGAACAUAAGAGCACACCUGACUCAGAAUCUCUUCAAACCUCUGAGGUAAAGCUACUUGACAAUGAUGGGGAAGCACAGAGAACAACCCAAGCAUUGCAGGAGUCCAUAUCUGUUUCUUUAGAGAGUAAAGAAACAGUAGCUGUAAUAGAUGGUGGCACAGAAUCUACUGAUGGUACAGAUUUGAAAUUAAAUGUCAGCCAUGACUUUUCCAGUGUCGGUAAACUCAUACCUGAAAGCCCAAUUGCUGUUCUUGAAACAGAACUAAACUCUGACCAGACCUCACUGCCACAAGGUGUGCCAGAUACUGCAACAAAAUGUGACAAUACUUCAGAUGUUCAUGAUAAAACACCUAUCCCGCUGAGAACCUUUGAGGUCAUCGAGGUUGACGUUAGAAAAAGUGAGAAAGCGAAGUUCCAAGAGUCGACUAUAGAAGUCCAAAAGAUGGAUGAAAGUGGACCUGUAGUAUGUAAAGUUGACAAAGAACCCACUGAUGGCACAGGUGUAAAAUCAAAUGCAACUUCUGAAACCCCAAUGCCUGCGUUUACUACAGAAUUAAACACAGAUCUUAGCAAUCUUGAACAGGUCCCAAUGGAACAAAGUUUCUCAGAUGCUAUAAAACAAUUACAUAAUGUUUCAGAUGAUCAGCUUGAUGUGAACAUCCACACGGAUACUGUUGAGACUGCUCAGGGAGAUUUUGUUCCUGAACUUGUUGUCAGUCCUAAAUUUGAUGAGUUAUCAGUUGAGCCUUUAGCUGUAUAUCCAGAGAGUGAAGUUGCAAGACCUGAAACUACAAAGGAGGCAUUAUCUAUAAUCUUGGAUGUUGAUUCAUAUACAUUACCAUCAGAUCAUAUGGAUUUGACAAAAGUUGAGGCUUCUGAAGACCCUGCCCGUACAGGUGAAUUAUCUCAGUCAGAUAUCAAGAAGCAACACAAAAGUUCUACAGACACUAGGAAACCUGAAGACCAAACGCUUGAAAGUGAUAUCUCAGACAUGAGUGAUGUGAAAUCAAAAAUCUCUGAAUCAGACACUGAAAAUGUUGAAGUUCAAGAUGAAAAUGGUGUAAAUGCAUUUGUGGAAUCGGUACAGCCUGAAGAGAAGCAAACUACAUUUAUACAACUAGAAACACCCAAUGUUAUGAGAGUUGACAUCAGAGGAAAUGAAAAGUCACAUCAGCUGAUUGUAGAAGGCCAACAUAAAAUCAUAGGUACAGACACAUCUACCCAAAUGGAUGUCCACAUUGGAGAAGAAAGUGAUUUAGGCUCCUUGCUUCAGCAAAGUGAUGUCACAAUAUCUCAUGAGGAUGACGAUGCUGGUGACAAAAGCAAAUAUGCACAAGAUAAAGGGUCUGAUGAAGCAAACAAAGCACUAGAAAAGUCAACAAUUGUUCCCAAGGCUAAAAAGAAGAGCAGGAAGACAUCUGGCAAAGAUCAGACAAGCAGUGUUAGUAGUAGAAAGACACAAAGUUUCAAACAUGAGAGCACACCAUACUCAGAAUCUCUUCAAACCUCUGAGGUAAAGCUACUUGAAAAAGAUGGCGACGCACAGAGAACAACCCAAGCAUGGCAGGAAUUCAUGUCUGUUUCUCCAGAGAGGAAAGAAACAGUAGCUAUAAAAGAUGGUGACACAGAAUCUACUGGUGGUACAGAUGUGAAAUUAAGUGUCAGCCAUGAGUUUUCCAGUGUCGGUCAACUCAUCCCUGAAAAUCCAAUGGCUGUUCUUGACACAGAAGGGGACUUUGACCAGACCUCACUGCAACAAGGUGUGCCAGUUACUGCAACAAAAUGUGACGAUGAUUCAGAUAUUCAUGAUGUAACCACAAAGACUUCAAAGCAUAGUUUAAAAGAUUCUGUAGUUGAACGCGGUGGUGAUUUAGCUAAAGAUGAAGAACAUGCUGGAAAAAGCUCUUCUGAUGAGCUACAACUAAAAAAGAUGGUGACUAUUUCUUUAGGCACAGAUUUUUCCAUAUCAGAUAUUCAGUUUGAUGAUAACAUCCACACUGAUAAUGUUGAGCCUCUGAAGCCAGAUUUUUGUCCUGAUCCUGAUUUUAGUACAAAAUCUGAAAAAGACUCAUUUUCUAAACAACUUUCAAACACAGUAUUUACCAUGAUUUCAGAUGUUGUUUCACCUAAAUUACAAUCAGACAGUUAUCAGCCUCUGCAUAUAAUACAAUUUGGGCAACCUGAAGAGUCCUCUCACACGGAUGAAUCCUCUAAUUUAGAGAUCGAGAGUCAACAGAUUGUAAAAGGCCAACAUACAAUCAUAAGUACAGAAACAACUACACAAAUGGAUGUCCACAUUGGAGGAGAAAGUGAUUUAGGCUCCUUGCUUCACCAGAGUGAUGUCACAAUGUCUCAUGAUGUUGAUUUUGCUGCUGACAAAAACAAAUAUGCACAAGAUAAAGAUUCUGAUGAAGCAAAGAAAGCACUAGAAAAGUCAAAAAAUGUUGCCAAGGGUAAAAAGAAGAGCAGGAAGACAUCUGGCAAAGAUCAGACAAGCAGUGUUAGUAGUAGAAAGACACAAACUUGUAAACCUAAGAGCACACCUGACUCAGAAUCCCUUCAAACCUCUGAGGUAAAGCUACUUGACAAUGAUGGGGAAGCACAGAGAACAACCCAAGCAUGGCAGGAGUUCAUGUCUGUAUCUCUAGAGAGGAAAGAAACAGUAGCUGUAAUAGAAGACGGCAGAGAUUCUACUGAUGGUACAGACAUGAAAUUAAGUGUCAGCCAUGACUUUUCCAGUGUCGGUCAACUCAUCCCUGAAAGCCCAAUGGCUGUUCUUGACACAGAACUGGACUCUGACCAGAGCCCACUGCCAAAAGGUGUCCCAGAUACUGCAACAAAAUGUGACGAUACUUCAAAUGUUCAUGAUGAAACGCCUAUCCCGCUGAAAACCUUUGAGGUCAUAGAGGUUGAUGUUAGAAAAAGUGAGAAGGAGGAGUUCCAAGAGUCGACUAUAGAAGGCCAAAAGAUGAAUGAAACUGGACCUGUAGUAGGUAAAGUUGACAAAGAACCAACUGAUGGCACAGGUGUAAAAUCAAAUGCAACUUUUGAAACGUCAAUGCCUGCUUUUACUGCAGAACUAAACACAGAUCUUAACAAUCUUGAACAGAUCCCAAUGGCACAAAGUUUCUCAGAUUUGGAAAAACAAUUACAUAAUGUUUCAGAUGAUCAGCUUGAUGAGACCAUCCACACUGAUACUGUUGAGACUGCUCAGGGAGAUUUUGUUCCUGAACUUGUUGUCAGUCCUAAAUCUGAGGAGUUAUCAGUUGAGCCUUUGGCUGUAUAUCCAGAGAGUGAGAUUGCAAGACCUGAAACUGCAAAGAAAGCAUUUACUUUAAUCUUGGAUGUUGAUUCAGAUACAUUACCAUCAGAUCAGUCACUGGAUUUGACAAAAUUUGAGGCUUCUGAAGACCCUGCACGUACAGGUAAAUUAUCUCAGUCAGAUAUCAAGAAGCAACACAAAAGUUCUGUAGACACUAGGAAACCUGAAGACCAAAUGCUUGAACGUGACAUCUCAGACAUGAGUAAUGUGAAAUCAAAAAUCUCUGAAUCAGACACUGAAAAUGUUGAAGUUCAAGACGAAAAUGGUGUAAAUGCUUUUGUGGAAUCGGUACAGCCUGAAGAGAGGCAAACUACAUUUAUCCAACUAGAAACACCCAAUGUUAUAGAAGUUGACAUUAGGGGAAAUGAAAAGUCACAUCAGCUUAUUGUAGAAGGCCAACAUACAAUCAUAAGUACAGAAACAUCUACCCAAAUGGAGGUCCACAUUGGAGGAGAAAGUGAUUUAGGCUCCUUGCUUCAGCAGAGUGAUGUCACAAUGUCCCAUGAGGAUGACGCUGCUGGUGACAAAAGCAAAUAUGCACAAGAUAAAGAGUCUGGUGAAGCAAACAAAGCACUAGAAAAGUCAACAAAUGCUGCCAAGGGUAAAAAGAAGAGCAGGAAGACACCUGGCAAAGAUCAGACAAGCAGUGUUAGUAGUAGAAAGACACAAAGUUGUAAACAUAAGAGCACACAUGACUCAGAAUCCCUUCAAACCUCUGAGGUUAAGCUGCUUGACAAAGAUGGCAAAGCACAGAGAACAACCCAAGCAGUUGAGCCUUUGGCUGUAUAUCCAAAGAGUGAAGUUGCAAGACCUGAUACUGCACAGAAAGCAUUUACUAUAAUUUUGGAUGUUGAUUCACAUACAUUACCAUCGGAUCAGUCGCUGGAUUUGACCAAUGUUGAGGCUUCUGAAGACCCUGCCCAUACAGGUAUAUUAUCUCAGUCAGAAAUCAUGAAGCAGCACAAAAGUUCUGCAGACACUAGGAAACCUGAAGACCAACUGCUUGAAAGUGACAUCUCAGACAUGAGUAAUAUGAAAUCAAAAAUCUCUGAAUCAGACACUGAAAAUGUUGAAGUUCAAGAUGAAAAUGGUGUAAAUGCAUUUGUGGAAUCGUUACAGCCUGAAGAGAAGCAAACUACAUGUAUCCAACUAGAAACACCCAAUGUUAUGGAAGUUGACAUCAGAGGAAAUGAAAAGUCACAUCAGCUGAUUGUAGAAGGCCAAAAUACAAUCAUAAGUACAAAAACAUCUACCCAAAUGGAGGUCCACAUUGGAGGAGAAAGUGAUUUAGGCUCCUUGGUUCACCAGAGUGAUGUCACAAUGUCUCAUAAGGAUGACGUUGCUGGUGACAAAAACAAAUAUGCACAAGAUAAAGAUUCUGAUGAAGCAAACAAAGCACUAGAAAAUACAAAAAAUGUUGCCAAGGGUAAAAAGAAGAGCAGGAAGACACCUGGCAAAGAUCAGACAAGCAGUGUUAGUAGUAGAAAGACACAAAGUUGUGAAUAUAAGAGCACACCUGACUCAGAAUCCCUUCAAACCUCUGAGGUAAAGCUACUUGACAAUGAUGGGGAAGCACAGAGAACAACCCAAGCAUGGCAGGAGUUCAUGUCUGUUUCUCUAGAGAGGAAAGAAACAGUAGCUGUAAUAGAUGGUGGCACAGAAUCUACUGAUGAUACAGAUUUGAAAUUAAAUGUCAGCCAUGACUUUUCCAGUGUCUGUAAACUCAUACCUGAAAGCCCAAUGGCUGUUCUUGACACAGAACUAGACUCUAACCAGACCUCAGUUCCACAAGGUGUGCCAGAUACUGCAACAAAAUGUGACAAUACUUCAGAUGUUCAUGAUGAAACACCUAUCCCGCUGAGAACAUUUGAGGUCAUAGAGGUUGAUGUUAGAAAAAGUGAGAAAGCGAAAUUCCAAGAGUCGACUAUAGAAGUCCAAAAGAUGGAUGAAAGUGGACCUGUACUAUGUAAAGUUGACAAAGAACCCACUGAUGGCACAGGUGUAAAAUCAAAUGCAACUUCUGAAACCCCAAUGCCUGCGUUUACUACAGAAUUAAACACAGAUCUUAGCAAUCUUGAACAGGUCCCAAUGGAACAAAGUUUCUCAGAUGCUAUAAAACAAUUACAUAAUGUUUCAGAUGAUCAGCUUGAUGUGAACAUCCACACGGAUACUGUUGAGACUGCUCAGGGAGAUUUUGUUCCUGAACUUGUUGUCAGUCCUAAACCUGAUGAGUUAUCAGUUGAGCCUUUAGCUGUAUAUCCAGAGAGUGAAGUUGCAAGACCUGAAACUACAAAGACGGCAUUAUCUAUAAUCUUGGAUGUUGAUUCAUAUACAUUACCAUCAGAUCAUGUGGAUUUGACAAAAGUUGAGGCUUCUGAAGACCCUGCCCGUACAGGUGAAUUAUCUCAGUCAGAUUUCAAGAAGCAACACAAAAGUUCUGUAGACACUAGGAAACCUGAAGACCAAACGCUUGAAAGUGACAUCUCAGACAUGAGUGAUGUGAAAUCAAAAAUCUCUAAAUCAGACACUGAAAAUGUUGAAGUUCAAGAUGAAGAUGGUGUAAAUACAUUUGUGGAAUCGGUACAGCCUGAAGAGAAGCAAACUACAUUUAUCCAACUAGAAACACCCAAUGUUAUGGAAGUUAAUAUCAGAGGAAAUGAAAAGUCACAUCAGCUUAUUGUAGAAGGCCAACAUACAAUCAUAAGUACAGAAACAUCUACCCAAAUGGAUGUCCACAUUGGAGGAGAAAGUGAUUUAGGCUCCUUGCUUCACCAGAGUGAUGCCACAAUGUCUCAUAAGGAUGACGUUGCUGGUGACAAAAACAAAUAUGCACAAGAUAAAGAUUCUGAUGAAGCAAACAAAGCACUAGAAAAGACAAAAAAUGUUGCCAAGGGUAAAAAGAAGAGCAGGAAGACACCUGGCAAAGAUAAGACAAGCAGUGUUAGUAGUAGAAAGACACAAAGUUUUAAACAUGAGAGCACACCAUACUCAGAAUCUCUUCAAACCUCUGAGGUAAAGCUACUUGAAAAAGAUGGCGACGCACAGAGAACAACCCAAGCAUGGCAGGAAUUCAUGUCUGUUUCUCCAGAGAGGAAAGAAACAGUAGCUAUAAAAGAUGGUGACACAGAAUCUACUGGUGGUACAGAUGUGAAAUUAAGUGUCAGCCAUGAGUUUUCCAGUGUCGGUCAACUCAUCCCUGAAAAUCCAAUGGCUGUUCUUGACACAGAACUGGACUUUGACCAGACCUCACUGCAACAAGGUGUGCCAGUUACUGCAACAAAAUGUGACGAUGAUUCAGAUAUUCAUGAUGUAACCACAAAGACUUCAAAGCAUAGUUUAAAAGAUUCUGUAGUUGAGUGCGGUGGUAAUUUAGCUAAAGAUGAAGAACAUGCUGGAAAAAGCUCUUCUGAUGAGCUACAACUAAAAAAGGUGGUGACUAUUUCUUUAGGCACAGAUUUUUCCAUAUCAGAUAUUCAGUUUGAUGAUAACAUCCACACUGAUAAUGUUGAGCCUCUGAAGCCAGAUUUUUGUCCUGAUCCUGAUUUUAGUACAAAAUCUGAAAAAGACUCAUUUUCUAAACAACUUUCAAACGCAGUAUUUACCAUGAUUUCAGAUGUUGUUUCACCUAAAUUACCAUCAGACAGUUAUCAGCCUCUGCAUAUAAUACAAUUUGGGCAACCUGAAGAGUCCUCUCACACGGGUGAAUCCUCUAAUUUAGAGAUUGAGAGUCAACAGAUUGUAGAAGGCCAACAUACAAUCAUAAGUACAGAAACAACUACACAAAUGGAUGUCCACAUUGGAGGAGAAAGUGAUUUAGGCUCCUUGCUUCACCAGAGUGAUGUCACAAUGUCUCAUGAUGUUGAUUUUGCUGCUGACAAAAACAAACAUGCACAAGAUAAAGAUUCUGAUGAAGCAAAGAAAGCACUAGAAAAGUCAAAAAAUGUUGCCAAGGGUAAAAAGAAGAGCAGGAAGACAUCUGGCAAAGAUCAGACAAGCAGUGUUAGUAGUAGAAAGACACAAAGUUGUAAACCUAAGAGCACACCUGACUCAGAAUGCCUUGAAACCUCUGAGGUGAAGCUACUUGACAAUGAUGGGGAAGCACAGAGAACAAACCAACCAUGGCAGGAGUCCAUGUCUGUAUCUCUAGAGAGGAAAGAAACAGUAGCUGUAAUAGAAGACGGCAGAGAUUCUACUGAUGGUACAGACAUGAAAUUAAGUGUCAGCCAUGACUUUUCCAGUGUCGGUCAACUCAUCCCUGAAAGCCCAAUGGCUGUUCUUGACACAGAACAGGACUCUGACCAGAGCUCACUGCCAAAAGGUGUCCCAGAUACUGCAACAAAAUGUGAUGAUACUUCAAAUGUUCAUAAUGAAACGCCUAUCCCGCUGAAAACCUUUGAGGUCACAGAGGUUGAUGUUAGAAAAAGUGAGAAGGAGGAGUUCCAAGAGUCGACUAUAGAAGGCCAAAAGGUGAAUGAAACUGGACCUGUAGUAGGUAAAGUUGACAAAGAACUAACUGAUGGCACAGGUGUAAAAUCAAAUGCAACUUUUGAAACGUCAAUGCCUGCCUUUACUGCAGAACUAAACACAGAUCUUAGCAAUCUUGAACAGGUCCCAAUGGCACAAAGUUUCUCAGAUUUGGAAAAACAAUUACAUAAUGUUUCAGAUGAUCAGCUUGAUGAGACCAUCCACACUGAUACUGUUGAGACUGCUCAGGGAGAUUUUGUUCCUGAACUUGUUGUCAGUCCUAAAUCUGAGGAGUUAUCAGUUGAGCCUUUGGCUGUAUAUCCAGAGAGUGAAGUUGCAAGACCUGAUACUGCAAAGAAAGCAUUUACUAUAAUUUUGGAUGUUGAUUCACAUACAUUACCAUCAGAUCAGACGCAGGAUUUGACAAAAUUUGAUGCUUCUAAAAACCCUGCCCGUACAGGUGAAUUAUCUCAGUCAGAAAUCAAGACGAAACACAAAAGUUCUGUAGAAACUAGGAAACCUGAAGACCAAAUGCUUGAAGGUGACAUCUCAGACAUGAGUAAUGUGAAAUCAAAAAUCUCUGAAUCAGACACUGAAAAUAUUGAUGUUCAAGAUGAAAAUGGUGUAAAUGCAUUUGUGGAAUCGGUACAGCCUGUAGAGAGGCAAACUACAUUUAUCCAACUAGAAACACCCAAUGUUAUGGAAGUUGACAUCAGAGGAAAUGAAAAGUCACAUCAGCUGAUUGUAGAAGGCCAACAUACAAUCAUAGGUACAGACACAUCUACCCAAAUGGAUGUCCACAUUGGAGAAGAAAGUGAUUUAGGCUCCUUGCUUCAGCAGAGUGAUGUCACAAUAUCUCAUGAGGAUGACGAUGCUGGUGACAAAAGCAAAUAUGCACAAGAUAAAGGGUCUGAUGAAGCAAACAAAGCACUAGAAAAGUCAACAAUUGUUCCCAAGGCUAAAAAGAAGAGCAGGAAGACAUCUGGCAAAGAUCAGACAAGCAGUGUUAGUAGUAGAAAGACACAAAGUUGUGAACAUAAGAGCACACCUGACUCAGAAUGCCUUCAAACCUCUGAGGUAAAGCUACUUGACAAAGAUGGCGAAGCACAGAGAACAACCCAAGCAUGGCAGGAGUCCAUGUCUGUUUCUCCAGAGAGGAAAGAAACAGUAGCUGUAAUAGAUGGUGGCACAGAAUCUACUGGUGGUACAGAUUUGAAAUUAAGGGUCAGUCAUGACUUUUCCAGUGUUGGUCAAGAGUCGACUAUAGAAGGCCAAAGGAUGGAUGAAACUGGACCUGUAGUAAGUAAAGUUGACAAAGAACCCACUGAUGGCACAGGUGUAAAAUCAAAUGCAACUUCUGAAACCCCAAUGCCUGCGUUUACUACAGAAUUAAACACAGAUCUUAGCAAUCUUGAACAGGUCCCAAUGGAACAAAGUUUCUCAGAUGCUAUAAAACAAUUACAUAAUGUUUCAGAUGAUCAGCUUGAUGUGAACAUCCACACGGAUACUGUUGAGACUGCUCAGGGAGAUUUUGUUCCUGAACUUGUUGUCAGUCCUAAACCUGAUGAGUUAUCAGUUGAGCCUUUAGCUGUAUAUCCAGAGAGUGAAGUUGCAAGACCUGAAACUACAAAGAAGGCAUUAUCUAUAAUCUUGGAUGUUGAUUCAUAUACAUUACCAUCAGAUCAUAUGGAUUUGACAAAAGUUGAGGCUUCUGAAGACCCUGCCCGUACAGGUGAAUUAUCUCAGUCAGAUAUCAAGAAGCAACACAAAAGUUCUGCAGACACUAGGAAACCUGAAGACCAAACGCUUGAAAAUGACAUCUCAGACAUGAGUGAUGUGAAAUCAAAAAUCUCUGAAUCAAACAAGGACAAUUUUGUAGCUCAAAAGGAAAACGUUUUUAUUUCAUCUGAAGAAUCAGUACAACCCGAACAGGGGCAAACUACACUUAUCCCACUUAAAACACCUGAUGUUAUUGAGACUGUCAUUAGAAAAAGUGAAAACGAGGAGUCACAUCAGCUGAUUGUAGAAGGCCAACAUACAAUCAUAAAUACAGGUACAUCCACCAAAAUGGAAGUCCACACUGAAGAUGACAGUGAUUUAGGUAAUGUCAGCAGUUACACCAAAGUACAGAAGACUGAAGUUUUGGAUAGCAGUUUUUCUGAGCAGGAGUCCACUGAUGGUGCAGUGAAAAAAUUGGAUUGUAGGCAUGUAAAAGCCAUGGCCUCUGAGGAAAUUAAGAAGACACAAGAAGUAUUGCCUUCAUCUGACCUAACACACAAAGGGACCACAGAUCCAGACAUAGAUCAGCAGCAGUUCAUUUCUUUAUCUCUACAGAGAGAUAAAACUAGUCCUUUAAUAAAAGAAUAUGAUAGUGCGGGUGUAAAAUCAGAUGUCCCUCAUGUUUCGUCCUGUGCUGGCCAAGUCAACCCUGAAACCCCAAACCUUGAUAUAGAACUGGACUCUGAGCUUUCCAAAUCCAACCAGGACCCACUGGUGCAAAGUAGCUCAGUUUCUGAAACAACAUGGGAUGCUGUUUCUGUUUUAACUGAAGAAACCAAAGAAGCUGAUCACUCUGCCGAUGUAGCUCUAGAUGAAGAUUAUGCUGUGAUAAGCUCUUCUGAUGAUGUUCCUCAAAGAGGGAUCAUCACUAUUGAUUUGGGUACUGAUCUUUCUACAACAGACGUUCAGUUUGAUGACACAAAGCACACUGAUGGUGUUGAGCCUACAGAUACAUCACUGACAGAGUCUUCAUUAAAUAUAAAAGACCAACCUGAAGGAGCAGUGGGCACUGUACAGAAAGAUACAAUGGAUCAACAUUCAGAGACAGUUAGCCUCGUUCCUGCCGAAACUGCCACAGAUGAUCAUCUUCCUGAAGCUGUCAUUUCAACAUCAGUGGAAUACGUGCACAUAAAUACAGAUGUUAUAGAGUCAAUGAAAACAGAUUCUUCGCCUUUUGUGAGAGCUGAAUGUACAACACAGAUUCCUGUAACACUCCCAUCAGAUUCAAGACAUCAAAUGACUGAGGUUUUGGAUAGCAGUUUUCCUUUGCAGAUGGCCACAGACAGUGCAGUGGAUAACAUGGCUCAAAGAAGUGUAAAAAUCAUUGAGCAAAACCAAGGGACAGUAGACGUAUCACAAUACAUCUCAAUACAAACAGAAACCACAGAUGUAAAGAACCUCCCAGCAGAUAAAGACACAGAUAAGCAGCAGUUCAUAUUCGCACCUGUUGAAAGGGAUGUAACUCGACCUGUAACAAGAGAAGACGACAGAGAAUUGACAGAUGAUGUAGGUGUGAAGUCAGGUGUCGCUGAACAGGUGUCAUGUUUAGUUAACCCGGAAACCACAAAGCCUGUUACAGUUAAAGUGAAUUCAGAUCUUACCGAACCCAACCAGAUCUCGUCUGCAGAAGGUAUCCCAGAUUCUCCAACAAAAUGUGAUGAUGCUUCAAUUGUUCAUGAGGAAACCUCAGACAAUUCAGAAAAUAAUUUGAAAGAGUUUGAAGUCGAACACUUACUUAAUGUAGCUACACAUAAGGAACAUACUGUAACAAGCUCUUCUGAAGAACUGCCACCAAAAAAGAUGGACACUUUGUUAGAUGUUCAGUUUGAUGAGAACAAGCACACUGAAAGUGUUAAGCCAAGUGAUUCUGAUAAUGAACUUGAUGAAAGUCCAAAACCUGAAGAGUCUCAAAGAUUUGUGUCCGAUAUCCCUGAAUCUGAGGUUUUGUUCACAGAGAUUGAUGAUGCAAAACCUGGAACUGCAACAAAAGUAUACACCAUUAUUUCAGAUAUUCAUCUACCAUCAGAUAAAUAUCAGCCGCUGCAGCCAACACAGCACGGGGGUCCUAAGGUCUCUGUCUGCACAGGUGAAUUUUCUCAGUCAGAUAUUAAGAGUCCUGAAGACCAUGAAAAAGACCUUUCAGAAAAGGAUGAUGUGAUAUCAAGUGUCUCAGAGAAGGAUAAUACUGGGGCUCAGGAAGACAUGGAUGUAAAUUUAUUUGUGGAAUCAGUAAGCAAGGACACAGCUGGCUCAGAAUGCCUUCAAACCACUACAGAUUUAUCACUGACUGAGUCUGGAGCCAGUAGUCAUUCAAACACUGAAGUGUCAUUGAGUACAGAAGGCAAAUUUCCAGGUGCUAUAAGAAGCAUACAGAGAGAUACCAUGAAUCUCAUACAAACAGAGAUCAAGGUUAAACAUUCAGAGAUAGUAAGCAUGUCUGCCUAUAGUAAUGUCACAGAUGACCAUCCUCCAGAUGAUGUACCAGCAGUGGAAACAGAGAUGCCAGCAGAUGUAUCACCUUAUGUAGCAUCAGAGUGUACAAUGCAAAUUCCUACAACACUCACAUCAGGAUCAAAAGUCAGUGUCAUAAGCAUGCAGACUGAAGAACAGAGGACUGAAGAUUCAGAGAGCAGUUUACCUUUCCAGAAUGAAGAAGAAAUGCACAAAUCCAAUUCAGAUCGAUCUGGCAGGCAGAAAUUGUCCCGAAAAACAGGAUCGGAAUCAGAUGGUGUGGAUAAGUUGAAGCAUGUAGAGCGCCCUUCAGGGACAAACGUGUGGGCUGUUUUAAGGGACAAUGUCAUUCAUGUUCAGCCACUCAUGGCAACCAGUCCUGUUUCUGAGGAAACUAGGUCGAAGGAGGUUGACUGCUUUCAGAAGUCAUUACUUACUGAGUCAGAGAUCAGUCUGGCACAGACUGUCCUAUGGGUUUUCAGAUGCCGGUAUCAACCAUGCCAACUUAGCAUUACACAUAUGAAUCACCAGCUGGAGGAAGCUGAGACCUGCAGGCAGUGUGUCCUGAAGCAGGUGGCUAAGCUGCCAAAUUAUGGGGAGCCUUCUACAGACCCCAAGCAGAGCAUGGAGGGGACCCCUGGAGCACUGCUGGAGGCCUCUGCCAUGGUAGAGUUUAAAAAGGCUCAGCUUCAACAGGUUACACAGUACUACCAGCAAAGCUGUGCUCUUGAAGAUACAUUGCAAUCACUGGAGGCAGAGUUCAGCACAAUAACACAGGAUUUUAAUGAAAGCAGAACCCUGCAAGCAGCACAGCUGAGUGCAUUUUUGAAGAGCAUGCAGAAGAAGAGAGGCAUGCUUGAGGAGCUCCUGCAGACAUGCUGCCAGAUUUCAUCCCAUCUGGGUGAAGCAGAGGGACCUGUUGCCUGCCUCAAACCUUUUACGAACUUGCAGGAGAGAUGGCAGACUUUGGAAAGAACUGCGUCCAGGAGUCUUUGGCAGGCUGAUAUUUGCACAGCUGAAGUUUCUGAACUGUUAAAAGAGGCCAGGGAACUGCAACAUAAACUAAAACUUUUGGAGAAGUCAGUCUCUCAAUCAGACCCCUCUCAGGGACAGCUAGACUCUGAAAAUGCACUACAACAGGCUCUCAAAGCUGCUGACCUGGAAGCAUCAAGAGAGCAUCACCUGUGCUUGCUUGAAAUUUCAAAGGCUCUUUCAUCAAGUCCACUAGGAAAGAAAGAGCUUGCAGAGGUGGAGGAAGCCAUGCAGGGUCUAAAUUCUCAACUUGCUCAGACUCAAGAAAGGUUCAGCUUGCACACUAUUAACAACAGUGACUGUUCACCUGUAAUAAGGAUUAUAAGGGAUUACAUUACAUGGGCUAAACAAACCAAGAGCAGAAUUAGUAGGAGUAGAAGGUUGUCUCUGUUUCCUGAAGAGGCAAGUCACCAGGUCAACCACAUGAAGAAACUGCAGUCAGAAAUAUCUCAAAAGAGGACUCAGUUGGCUUCUGUUUUGAAAGAGCUAAAACGAGAAGUUGUAGGACUCACUGUGGCAGAUUCCAUCACCAUGUCACCUACACUCAAAUCCUUAGAGGAGUUGUACAAUGAACUUCCAGAGAUGACUAACUGUGCCAUUGAUGAAAUGAACAGAAUGUUGCAUGUGAGAGAAAGGCUUUGGAAACAGAUCACUGACAGCAGCUCUUGGCUAACCUCAGUAUUGGAGAAGGAGUCUGGUAAAUCUAUGGCUUCCGAACUUAAAACCAGUAUUCCAGAAUUGAGGGUCAAGCUUCAGCUAUGCACAGAAGCUCUAAAGGAAGCUGAGAGACAAGCAAAUAACCUUCAAUCUUUAUUAGAUGAAACUAAGAACAUAAAGCAUGGUCUGAGUAUAUCUGAAAGCCUUCAUCUUGUUGACAGGCUUACAGCCUUACACGAAGAAGUCUCUAGGGUUGUGAAUCGUAAAUGGGCAUCACGCUGGGUUCUUGAAGAGCUGCUUCAUGCUCAAGAGUCCUCAGCUAAACUACAGAACGUCAUUCAGAAGAGUUUGAGACAGAUCAGUGCUGAUAUCUCAAGGCAAACAUAUCCUGUAACAAGGGACUCGCUUUUGGCUAUUGAACCUGUUAAGCACAUGCUUCUAGAGCUUCUCUGUAAGGUACAGGAACUUCCAUACUGGCCAGAACAUCGUAGGAAUGAGAUGCUUCACACAAUAGUAGACUUGCAGGGCACGUUACAUCAGUUGGACCUGCAAGCCAAAAAACAGAAUGAGUAUCUCAGUUUAAGGCAGCGAAUGGAGAAUGCCAGUCAGGCAGUGAAGAAGAGCCUAUCACAGAUCACCGACUCAAAUCCAGAAGCUGACACAAGAUUACGCUUCUAUCAGACUCUUCUGGUAGAACUUCCUCUGGUGAAAUUGACAUGUCAAGAGGCCGCAGACCACCUGGAGGCCAUUUCAAAAGAUCUCUAUCCAUCCCAUCUCACAGCGGAAAGGCAAAAGAUACGUUGGAAUUUUGAGCAGAUCGCCUCUUGGGAAUUCACAGCCAGUAAUGAGGCCAAAACCCUAGGAUGCUCUCUCAUGGAAGGUCUCAGCAUCUCCACAGAGCUCUGUGGAGUUACUGAUCUUCUGAGCUGUGUCAGACAGGAGCUGAAGGAGACCGUCUUGGAGCCUGAUAAUCAGGCCAUUGAUGCAGAGCUGCGAAGGUACUGGACACUGGUUAGGACAGUGGAAUGUGUGCAACAAAUGUUGGCAAGUUGCGGGAGAGGAACAGACGCUGAAAGCUACGACAAAAUCAUCAAUCUUGGACAGAGAACUCUCAAUGAUUGCCAUACGCGCAUGGACAAGCUGCGCCAGGCUCGGGAGGCGCUGAAGCAAUACCGCUGGGCCAUUCAAAGUGCAGUGAGCUUUUGUCAGCAUAUCGAAUACAAUCUUAUGAUGCCCCCUGUCAGCUUCAAAAAUUGCCAAGAGGAACAGCGCCAUAUUCAACAGACUCAUACCAGUUUGGUGAAGGGUUUCCAGGCCCACUUAGCUGACGUUGGUGCUUGCAUACCUCAGCAUACAUACCUCUCAAUACCUCUUACUGAGCAACUUCAUAUCCAGGUUUUGAGUCAUCUUCUAGUGGAAGAAGCCAAACUCAAAGGCCUGGCUCAACUAAGACUCCAGGCCAUAAAAUGGUGCAUGAGAGACCAAAUUGUGCACCAGAGUCACCAUGACGAAAUGAACCAGCUUCUCGAAAACACGGAUUCUGAAAUCCUGAAAACCUUAAGCAAAAAACUGACUCAUUUAGAUGCCUGCCAGGACCAACACCAGAAAGUAAAGGUGCUUCAGACAGAACUGAGGAACGUUGCUGAAAGGCUGGAGAAGUUCAGUGAAAGCUGUUUGGGUCAACGCUGCAAUGUACCCGCUGAUCUAAUGCUGGGACAUCUGUGGAGGUCUUGGGCUGUGCUGCAGUGCAAAGUGGAAUCAUUCAAAGCCAGUGCAUCACAUAAAGAAGCUGAGUGGAGGGAUUUGUUGACACGUUUUAAAAAAUCACAGGAGAGUCUUGACAAAGUGCAGAAUGAUUUGCCUGACUCAUCUGUGGUGACUCGAUCCCUGUUGGAGCUUCAGGGUCUUCUGAGCCUCACAGAGAACCUUCAGGACAGGACUGAGCAAGAGCACCAAACACUGGCUUCCCUUCAACACCACAUGGCCCGAUUGCUUGGGGUCUCAAAUUUGCAGCAGCUAAAAGUGUCUCCUCAAAUCUGUGUGGACUUGGAGUCUGCGCAGGGUCGCUGCAGAAGUAACAGAGAUCAGAUCGGUAACAUUCGUCAAAAAGUGCUUUGCGAGAUCCAGGAGUUGGGCAAGGUCCAGGAGGAGAUGGGUGCCAUUCACCAAAAUGUUCUUUCACUUUUGACCAUUUUACAAUCGGAGUCAGCUGCUGAACACUUGCAGAGCGUUAAAGUGGAACUGGGCACACAGAAAGCCAGACUGGAGGAUGUCAUGGACAGAGUGCAAGAGAAAUGGAGCUGUGUGCCUUUAGAGAUUCAGACGUUACAGGAAGAGCUUAAUCUUUCUCUCAAGGAGGCUAAAGAAAAGUUGGUAAUAGUUAUGGAAACCCGUGGUCCUCUUCACAAAAUGGGUGAGCAGGUGACAGAGGUGACUGUGGGCUUGAAUUGUGUAAAGGCGUUGCUGCAGCAAAAAAGCCCAACUUUCUCCGAGGCUGAGCGCACACAAAAGCGCAUUUGGGAUGAGCUGGAUCAGUGGCAUACUCGGAUAGCUGAGCUGGAGGCUGAUGUUCAGGAGCUGGCCGAGGAGCAGCCUGACCGAGCGCAUGUCCUUAUGGACCAGCUCACUGAGCCCUUGCAACUCUAUCAGACCACAGCCAAACAGGCAGAGCAAAGAACUGCCCUCAUCAGCAAAAUCCCUGCCUGUCUGCAGGAGUUUGAGGGUUUACUCAGUAGCUCUACCUGCUGGUUAAGAGAGGCUCAGCCCUGGCUGGUUGCCCCCAGAUCCUACACCACUGCGAAAUGCCUUCACACCCAUGCCAACUCUCUCAAGAUGAUGCUGGGUGAAUCCGAGGGAUACAAAGCAUCUCUAGAGGCUUUCCAGCCGGUCCUGCAGGAGAUCGGUCCUGUGUGUGACACCAGCUCUCAGGAGCAGCUUCUCCACAUCUCAGUUCAGAAAAUCACAGACAUCCAGCAAAGCGUUCAGGAGCCUAUUUCACACCUUCAGCAACUAGCAGCUGAGAUGGAUGCAAUUGAAACCGAGGUAAAUUUGAUGGAGCAGAACCUGAAAAAAAUAAGAACUAUCCUAUCCACCACUGACGCAGAAGACAUGUCUCCCGAAGAGCAUCUUCAAAACCGAGAGAUCAUCCUGGCUAAUAUCCAAUCCAUGAAGAGGACCAUUGAUGAGAUUGAGAGCUGCAGGCCGGGUCUGGGUCUUCCUGCAGGUGCAGAACAGACUCUCACAGCUUUCCAUUGGGCCCAAGAGCUUCGGCAGCCCAUCCAGGAGCUCGAGCAUCUCACUGUGGAGCAGAGCGCAGCGCUGAGGGCCUCUAUUGGUCAACCAGCUGAAACGAUUCCCUCUUCUGAUCAAACUGGGGUGGAUUUCACUUUGUCACACCUUUACACUGGUGAUAUGCAGGUGUCUAUAGAAAGCCCUAACAAUGAUGAUGAAGAAUGUGUCAGUCCGUCAUCAUCAACAGGAACUCUCACAUGCAGCUCUCCAGAGGACCCAGAAGAGAAACCCACAGAAGAAUAUGAGAAUGAAACAUCUGCUGUAAUAAAGUGUGUCACCAAGAAAUCUUCUCCAGAAGAUGUAAACAAAAUUGAUGUGGCUGCUGUCCAGUAUUCAUCAGUGUUACAGGAAUCAAAUCCAGAAUGUUGUUUACCGGAUUCUUUGCUCUCUGAAAUAUCUGUCACGGACGACGGAUCAAUAACUGAGCUUAUCCCAUCUCUUGCUGCACCAGCACUCCAACACUUUGAUGAUUUUACAAAUCAAAGUUCUCAAGAGCCUAAUGUAACAAAUAAAGAUGCUGUUUCAAGUACAAAAGAACACGAGAACAUGCACCAAGUUACCAAGGUAACCGCAAAGCCUGCAAUAGACUCUGUAAACACGGGUUUUAAAACCAGUGAUUUGACCAAAGCGUCUGCAGGUGAAAACAAGGAAUCUAUAACCAUAGAAACAGGUACAAGUAAUCAAGAGAACCUGCAAGUCCCACAAUCAUCUGACAGUGAUACAGUAGAAGUUACUGAUGAUCUACAAACUCAACAUGAAUGCAUCACAACUGAUCCAGAUACAAAGCUGCAAGACUUCGCUAUUCUUUCCACUGCGCCUACAUUACAAGAUAUCAGAUCGCAGAAAGAAACAACACUGGAGAUGCAAUGUGAAAUGAAAGAGCAAAGAGAUCUGAUUGAGGUCAUUGCUCAACUUCAGCAGUACACUUGUGCAACAACAUUCAGUGAUCUGCCACAGUCUGUGAAAGAAAAAGAGAGUUUGACUCAAAUUCUCCUUAAAUUAAAGGAAAGACCAGAGGCACUGGAAUCAUGCCAGGAUACCAGUUCACUUGAGACUAGAGAUUAUCUGUCAGAGAGUGCUGGAGAAUCUCAGACUUCAACCAAACUCACCAAGGACUUUUCAUGCCUAAAGGGUGGCAUAUGGACCUUGGCACAUGAGCGCAGAUGGUCUGUGGGACAGAAUGGUCAUGAGCUACAGAGAUGUUGUGAAGCUCUUCUGAAAAAUCUAAGGGGUCUUGUGGACCUGGGCUCUGAACGACUGCAAUGCAGUCAGGAUGCACACCCACAUGACUGCAGCGAGCUGCACUGUCUGCUUAAAGAACACAAGAAGUACUUCAGAGGUUUGGGACAGAACCUUGUCAUGUUUAAGCUGCUGUCCCAUAAGCUGCCAGAAGGAGCACUGCAUGGCCAGGCAGAGGUGGAAAACUUAAUAGCAGAACUACAGGACAAAGCACAAAAUCUUGGAGUCCAAAUGCAACACAACUUACAGGAGUGGUCUCGGUGUGAUGAGGUCACAGAAAAACUGUGUAAGCAGUUAGAUGAACUCGAGUCAUGCGUGUCCAAGGCAGAUUCAGAGCUGGAGGGCGACCUGCAGGUUCAGCUGCAGUCCUAUGAGGAAUUGCACAAAGCCCUGGAAGACAUGAAGCCUGAGGUGGGAGAAAUCCAGGACCAACUCAAGGUCCUACAGAACAAGGGUUGCUGCCGUGAGCGGCCCGGUCAGACCACUACAAGAUCACUGUUGUUAACACGCUGGCAGGAGCUCCGUAUACAAGUAGAGCGAAAGAUCCAAACCACAAAAACAAUCAGAAAGAAUAUUGAAAGCUUUCAACAUGACUCAACUGAACUUGAAGCGUGGAUGAGCAGUACUAAUGAACCGGUUCAGAAGUGGAUUAGCUUCUCUGAUUCAGAUCUUAAGGACUCCAGACACAGCCUUACCCAGCUCACGGAGUUCCUAAGAGAGCUGAACGUCAGGUCUUCACAGAAAGAUUCUGCAGUCUGCGCCGGCAUGCGCAUACUGCAGCUGACAGACAGCAAGUCUUCAACACUACGCAAACAACUGACUCAGCUUGAGCAGGGCUGGAUGAACCUAACUGACAUGGUGCCCAGCAUUCACCAGAAACAACAACAGGUGUUGGCGAGCCAGUCACCGAGUCAGAUCUUGGCUGAGUUGAACUGUUUGCUUGAGCAUGUUGAAAGUCGACUUGAUCAAGAAAAGUCUGGGGUUCAUCUUGCAUUGGAUUCCAAUGGGCUAUCGAAACAUCUACAGUCUUUGAAGAAUGUGAAGAGCGAGUUAACCUCCCGCCAAUCCUGUCUCGACUUUCUGAACCAGUCUGUUGAAGAGAUGAGCUCUGUGAAUGAACCAACCAAACGCAAUGAACGAAUCAUCUUUGCCGAGCAACUAGGAGCUCUUAAUCUGAGAUGGCUUAUUGUACAGAGCGCAGUAGACAGCAUGAUACAUGAUACAGAGGACAAAUGGCAGGUCUGCACAAACAGAGAAAGGCGAUUUCUUCGUUUACGCAAAUGGAUCUCUCAACGUUCAGAAUGGGUGAAAAACAGCAAAAGACUGGGCAGCCGCUCGCAGAUUGAUCAGGCAUUACUCGAGUGUGAGGAUACAAAGGAAACACUGACCAUCAGGUCUUCAGAGCUACAAGCUCUGGAAGCUCUCCAUGUGUUUGAACAGAAGGAUGACCAACAUCCUGGAGAUAAAGCUUUCUCCAUGCAGGUGAAUUCAGCCAUCCAGGACUCCAAAGCUUUAAGCGAACAGAUAAAUGCUCUCAUGGCUGAACUGCAGCCAGUCAGGGAUGAAUGGGCGCACUUUGAAUCUGAAAUGAGUUCAGUUGGACUGCAGACAGACAGAGCGGUCUACACGCUGGAGCUCUGCAAGGUUCCUCUCUAUUCAUCUGAGCAGUGUAGAGUUCACAUUGAACGUUUGCAAAAGUUUCAAAGGGAACUGGAGAGAUCAGAGACUUGGACCCACUUAAAUGAAUUGUUAUCUAACUUCAGAGACAAACUCAACCCCGGUGCAGCCACACUGAUGUUAAAUCGACUGGAGAAGGAGAAGAGCCGACGUCAAGCAGUAAUUGAGGACCUGCAUGCUGACUUCCUAAAUGCCCAGGAUGCACUGCAGCUGUGGUUGGAAUAUGAACGUCUCAUGGGAGAGAGCCACAGUCUUCUAAAUCAGCACUGGGAGAAGCUUAACAAACUUUUGUGCUCUCCUACCGGUGGAGAAAACACUGUAGAGCUCCUCAACAGCAGGGUGAAAAGCAUCAAUGCCAUGGAGAAAAACGUGAUGGCUUUGAGAAACAAUGUGGACAAAGUGCUGGAGGCUACAGAGCUUCUCAUUGGCCAGGUGAAGCCCCAAUCAGCCCCAUUAAUCCAGUCAGAAACCAGACUGCUGUCACAGGACCAAGUCCAUCUUGCCAAAACACUUGCUGAAAUUGGAGCACAAGUUAAGGAGGAGCUGGAGGAACACCACAGUUUCAUCACAGAAUUGAAUUCAUUGGAGCAACAACUGAACAGCUUUGAAUGCAUUACAAAGUCCUCGGCCGACAACAUGGACAGCCUAAAGAUGGUUCUGUUAGAUCUGGGUGGACUUAAGCCUGACCUUGAUGUCUUAAAUCAGAAGAGCCUCAAUCUCACACUUGACUCUACAGAGGAUGAGAAGCUACAGACCAUCAACACACAAUAUGUUCAGAUCUUCUCUCAGGCUACAGACAUGCACGGGAAGCUGUAUGGAGAGCAUCUGCGUGCUCAGAACUUCCAACAGAUGUGCAAAAGCUGGAUGGAGAUCAUGGAUAAAAUUGAGUCUGGUUUGUCCAAUCAAAUGUCUGGAAAUGGUUUUGUCAUAAGAGAACAGCUAGCUGUGCAUCAAAGGUUGAAAGUGGAGAUGCAGAUGAGCCAGCAGCUAUGGGAUGCUAUGAUCACUGAAGCUUUACGACUACUGGAAACUGGUCAGAUUGAGGACAGGAGUCAUCUGAUCCGAACCCUUAUCGGAAUAAAGGAGAACUGGCUGGGAACACGGCAAAGGGUCCAGCGUCUGGAAAGGCAGAUGAAAGAGUGUCAGAUCUAUGAUUCGGGUUUAAAGAAACUUUCAAAGUUCCUCAAGCGCGUUGAAGAACUACUGCCCCCUGCAGGACUGGUGCCUUGCACAGUACAGCACCUCCAAAGCACUAUAAAGGACUUUGAGUGGGCUGAGGAGCAACUGCAUCUUCAUGAAAAUCUGUAUAACCAGACUUCAGAGACAUGCAGGCAGAUUUAUCCACUAGCAGAUGCGCAGACACAAGCACGCAUACAGGCCGAACUUGAUGCCCUCAAAGAAACGUGGGAUAGAAGCUGUGUCCUCGUGAAGGAAAGGAAGACUCUUGCAAACGCCGUUACUCAUACUUGGAAUCAAUGUGAAGUUGGACUGGCUAACAGAGCUCUUGAACUAGAGGAGAUUCAAGCAAAAUUGAAAAGUCCACUGCCAGAGAAGACAGAAGAACUGAAGGAGCUCGAGCAGAUUUUACAGGAGGCUGAGGACACGCUGGAGAUUUGGGCUGGAGGAUUGACAGAUCUGACCAACAUGAAGGCGGACGUUUCGCAGUACGUGCUGCCAGCGGACACAGCCUUGCUUCAGGGACAGGUGGAGGAACUUCACAGUCAAUGGGAAGAACUGUGCCUAAAGGUGUCCCGUCGCAAACAGGAAAUAGCUGAUCGACUAAAUGCCUGGAACAUUUUCAAUGACAAAAACAAGGAGCUCUGUGAUUGGCUCACACAGAUGGAGAAGAAAGUGGCACACAGGGGCGAAAACCUCAGAAUUGAAGAAAUGGUACAGAAGCUUAAAAAGGACUGCGUGGAGGAGAUUAACCUCUUCAGUGAGAACAAGAGCCACCUCAAGCAGCUAGGAGAGCAGCUCCUAUUGGCCAGUGGCAAGGCUAAAGAGGCGGAGAUCAAUGGGGCCUUGCGUGAUGUCAACGACCGCUGGCAGCACCUGUUCGACCACAUUGAGGACAGGGUGAAAAAGCUGACGGAGACCCUUGUGACAGUGCAGCAAUUGGAUAAGAAUAUGAACAACCUUCGCUCUUGGCUCACCCGUGUUGAGGCUGAUCUGGCCAAACCUAUUCCCUACAAUGUCUGCCACAGAGACGAGAUCCAGAAGAGACUGACGGAACAGCAGGACCUGCAGCGUGACAUCGAGCAUCAUGCGGAGCGGGUAACAUCCGUGAUCACCCUAUGCGAUAUGCUUCUGCAUGAUGAAGACGCCUGCGGCGGCGAUGGAGAGAAUGACUCCAUCCGGCAGACCACACAAAGCCUGGACCAGCGCUGGAGAAACAUCUGCUCCAUAUCCCUUGAGAGGAAGCUAAGGAUUGAGAAAACGUGGAGAUUGUGGUGUACGUUUCAGGAGGAUUACUCUUCUUUCGAGGCCUGGCUGAACGUGGCCGAGAAAACUGCUGCCGAACCCAAUUCGUCCGACGUCCCGUAUGCUGAGGCCAAAGAGGAGCUCAAGAAAUAUGAGGGUUUCCAAAAGCAUGUACAGGAUAAUCUGACACAGCUGGAAAUUAUUAAUAACCAGUACAGACAACUGGCCAGAGAAAACUGCACUGAUGCCGCCGGUAGACUCAGAACUAUGGUGGAUCAGGGUAAUGAACGCUGGGACGCAUUGCAGAAGAGAGCGGCUGCCAUACUGCGCAGACUCCGACAUUUUAUAAGCCAGAGAGAUGAGUUUGAAGGAACCCGUGACAGCCUCCUGGUUUGGCUUACUGAGAUAGACCUUCAGAUGAACAAUGUGGAGCACUUCUCUGAACGUGACCGCCAUGAGACAAUGAAACGACUAAAGAGUUUCAAGAAGGAGAUCAGUCUGAAUACCAACAGGAUUGACGCUCUAAUAGUGUAUGGAGAGGGUCUGAUUCAGAAAAGCUGUUAUCAAGAUGCUGUUGUCAUUGAAGAUGAGUUGGAGGAACUCCACACAUACUGUCAGGAGGUGUUCGGCAGAGUUGCUCGAUUCCACCAGCAACUCACAAGCCUCCGUCCGGUAUUGCAAGAGCAACCAGAGAUCGUAGACGUCGAGACUUCUGUAGAAACACGGAGUACCAGCCGUGAGACGCUAUCCUCCAGCCAGCCCUCCAUGUCCCUUUUAUCCCCACCUCAGGAGUGCUCUGGUCGUGAAACCCCCGUCAGUGUAGAGUCGAUUCCUUUGGAGUGGGACCACACCGGAGACGUGGGUGGCUCUUCUUCACAUGAUGAGGAGGAGGAUGAUGCUGCCUUCUUCUCUGCACUUUCAGGACAAAAUUGGCACAAGAUAGAGACCUCCUCACCUUCAGACACCAGCACACCUUAUAAACAAGGCUAUGUCCAGCUGAUGUCAGAGUGCAGCGGCAGUAUUAAGAGUGUACAUAGAGUUUCUAUGAUCCUGGAUGAUGAGGAACAGCAAGAAGAACAAGGCCUUACUGGCAUAACCACUGCAGAUAAACAAUCAGGAGUGAUCGAGCGCUGGGAAUUCCUGCAAGCACGGGCAGUGAGCAAAGAGCAGUGUAGCAGCAGAGACCCCCAUCAGCUGACCUCUGACCUGCAUGACAUCACUUCCUGGUUGGAGCGUGUCAGACCUGAGCUGGAGAGACUUCAGAGGCCUGAGACUUCAGCCACGGUGGAGAUGUUAGAAACACGAGUCAAAGAGCUUAAAGAAAUGCAAAAGGCAUUCGCCCGCUAUAAGGCCAUGAUGCUGUCUCUGAAUCUGGGUGGUCGAGAACUCCAGCAGGAGUCAAGUGGAGAUACACAGGAGCUUCAGGAGGGUCUGCGCAACAUGAACCGCCACUGGACAGAGGCCUGUGACAGCCUUGAGGGAUGGGAGGGCAGUUUACGUAAUACCCUCAUACGCUGUCAGGAGUAUCAUGAGAUGGUACAGUCUCUGCUGUUAUGGCUGGCCCACGCAGACAGCAGACGUUACACAGUUAACAUGGACGACCCGUCUGUGCAGCCGUCCGUGCUUCAAGAACACAGGAGCGCUUUGAAGGUUCUGGCAGAGGAGCUGGAGGGCAAGCAGAAGCAAGUGAGCACCCUCCAGACGAUCGCAUCCGAACUGCUCCCAAAUACAGGAGAAGAGGAAAACACUGAAGCCAGAGAAAAACUUCACGUCAUUGGAAGCAAAAUGCGUCUACUGUCACGUCAGGUCAAUCAGGAUCUCCAGCAUAUUGAGGAGAGAUUGGAGUCCUCGACUGCUACACCAGACCCCAAAUCCUCGGACCGCUCUAGGUCAGCGAAGCGUGAAGCGUCACCCCAGCGUUCAUUCUUUUAUCGGGUCUUGCGAGCCGCUUUCCCCCUGCAUAUCCUCUUCCUCCUGGUGCUGGUUUUGGCCUGCCUGGUCCCUCUUCCUGAAGACGACUCCAGCUGCACUCAUUCCAACAAUUUCGCCCGCUCGUUCCAUCCCAUGUUACACUACACCAACGGUCCUCCACCGACAUGAGCCAUCGACUCCAAACUGAUUCAGUGCGUGGAGGCAUACCUCACUUUUUUCCAAGCAAUAUUUUUAAUGCUUAUAUUUAUAGAAUUGAUUUUAUAAUAUUUAUUCCCCAAUCAGCCAUACUACUGAGUAUUUUUGUUGUUUUUCUUUAAAAGUUAAAAGAGUUGGAUGCGAUUCAAACUUUAUUUGUUCCUAUGCCUAUGUCAGACACACUGAAGAUGUUAAUUAUUGUAAAAGUUUAAAAAGUCACAGUUUUUUUUCUUUCGUCUCAGCUGGUUUUCAAGAUUUUAAAGGUUAUAAGCAUGUGCAAUUGGAAAUUAUGUACACCGUGCUGUUUUAACAGCCCAAGAUUGUUCCUGAUUCACAGUUAGUGGUGACAAAAUUGAUGCCUGCUAUUAAGGCAUUGUGGUCUUAUUUUAAAAGUCUUGCAUAUUAUUGAACUUGACAAAAAAAAUCAUUUCUGAAAUGUACAAAAGAGCUGUUUUUCCAAAGAACUUCACAAGAAACAUUUUUUAAAAGUAAAUGUCAGGUACACAAGAAAUUUUAAUUCAUCCCUGCAUAUCAGAAGCGUACAAGUGUAAAUAUAACAGUUACAUAUGCACUGCAAGGUACAACACAUACAUAAAUGUACAGAAAAUGAAUGUCACAAAUCAAGCAUUUAUAUCCCUUGUUUGAAAAAUAAACAUUGAUUAAAAAAUAUAACAAAUGAUAUUUUCUUACUAGCUUAGAUGUUUUUAAAUGGUUAUCAGUGCUUUAAAAAAAUCAAAGAUCGCAUAACUUUAAAUAAA